AUGUUUCUCAUUGCGGUAUUGAGAGGGCCUCAAUUGAGACCUAUAAAAGUUUCAUCCUUCUUUUCUUUGAAUGCAAAGCUACGCGCAAAGCAGAGUUCAGCCCAAAUAUUCACCAAACGCGCCACGACAUUAUGUCGGACCACUCCAGUGGACCCCAAAGCACCGCCAAAGAAGUUUCUAUACCCUGAGAACCUGUGCGUCUACCACGCCGGCAUUGGCAGAGUCACCUUCCUGUCCUGCCUGAAGCUCUCAACCCUCUUCAUAUUCGCCUUCUUCGGCUUCGUCGUCACCCCCGCUUACUACGACCGAGAAGGCUGGGGUGCGACCACGACCCGAACGGCCCUCUCGGCCAUUGUGCCACUGCUCUUCGUGGCCUACACCACAUCGCCCUUCGUCUCGGCCAUCCACCUCCGCCUACCUCCCUUUGCGCGCCAGUCCGAGGAUGUGCUGCGUCGCUUUGUGAGGAAUCUGCCGUCGCAGACGCAGUUAACCGUCACGACUAUGAGCCCCAUUGCCAAGCCGCGGUACAGCAGCGUGUUGCUCUCUGAGCUCAAGCCUGUGAGCGGGAGGAUGGGGAUUGUGAAUUAUGCGCGGGAUGCGAAGGUGGAGAAUGCUAAUAGGAAGUGGUAUAACUUCAGGGCUGUGAGCAGGUUCAACAUCCAGGUCAACAAGGCGGACAAGGCGCCGUGGGCUUGGGAUGAGAUUGCUUCGACCAUUGCGAAGAGAGCCAGCGUCUAG